CGAUUUGCUCAGACAAUGAUCUUCACAAUAGAGGAAAUAAAUAAAAACACAGAAAUUCUCCCAGAGGUUUCCCUUGGCUAUAAGAUUUAUAAUGACUGCGGUUCUAUGAACAUACUAAGAGCUGCAAUGGCCCUGAUGAGUGGACUAGAAGAAACAGCCAGCAACAGGUCCUGUUCUAAACCAGUCCAGGCUAUAAUUGGGCACUCUGGAUCCACGCCGACAAUUGGAUUUGCAAGAAUUACUGGACGGUUUCAGAUACCAGUGAUCAGUCACUUUGCUACCUGUGCUUGCCUGAGCAACAGAAAGGAGUUCCCUUCAUUCUUCAGAACCAUCCCCAGUGACUAUUAUCAGAGCAGAGCCCUGGCGCAGCUCGUCAAGCACUUCGGAUGGACCUGGGUCGGGGCAGUCAGUGGUGACAAUGAUUAUGGGAACAGUGGGAUGGCAACAUUCGUACAGGCUGCCCAAGAGGAGGGAGUGUGUGUUGAGUAUUCAGAGGCAUUUCUCAGGACAGGGCCCCACCACAAGCUGCUCAGAAUAGUGAACAUUAUAAAGCACUCCACCUCCAAAGUCAUUGUAGCCUUCAUGUCCCACAUUGAAAUUAACGUUCUGGUCGAGGAAAUGCUUCGCCAAAAUAUCACAGGUGUGCAGUGGAUAGGCAGUGAUGCCUGGAUCACAGAGAAUUCUGUUGUAGCAGGGGGAGGCUAUAAGCUUCUCAGGGGUGCAAUGGGCUUUGCAGUCAGCAAGACAGAAAUCCCAGGUCUGAAUGACUUUUUACAGGAUCUCCGUCCCACUCAGUCUUCUAGCGGAGCAUUUCUGAGGGAAUUUUGGGAAACUGUUUUUAACUGCACUUUUUCAAUCCAUGGCAUGGAGUAUGAGAAUAAAAAGCCAUGCAAUGGGUCUGAAGACCUAAGAGACGUGGACAACCAGCUGACUGGUAUGUCUGAGCUGAGAUUCUCCAAUAACGUCUACAAAGCUGUGUACGCUGUGGCACACGCGCUGCACAGCCUGUAUGUGUGUGAAGACAGCCACGGUCCCUUCACCAACAACACCUGUGCAAGUAGGACACAGAUACAGCCGUGGCAGGUGUUGCAUUACCUGCAAACAGUGAAUUUUACAACUACAUAUGGAGAGAGAGUGUUUUUUGACUAUAAUGGAGACCCACCAGCAAGGUAUGAGUUAAUAAACUUACAAAGCAAUGCAGAAGGACACACCGAAUUUGUCAAUAUUGGUUACUAUGACACAUCUCGGCCAAAAGGACAACAGUUCAUAAUGAACAAUGUUAAUAUCGUUUGGGGAGGUGGCUGGGAUAAGGUGCCUGUGUCAGUGUGCAGUGAGAGCUGUCCUCCAGGCACUCGGAAGGCUGUUCAGAAGGGAAGGCCUGUCUGCUGCUUUGACUGUGUACCAUGUGCUGAAGGAGAGGUCAGCAACAUAACGGAUUCGAUUGGCUGUGUGAAGUGUCCUCUUGAAUACUGGUCCAAUGCUAAAAGGGAUGAAUGCAUCUAUAAUGAGCCAGAAUUCUUGUCGUACAGAGAAACAAUGGGAAUAUUGUUGGUGUUGUUUUCAAUAACAGGCACUUGCCUUACAAUAAUUACAGUUAUAAUAUUUUAUUGUUACAGAGACACUCCACUUGUAAGAGCCAAUAACUCUGAACUGAGUUUCCUUCUGCUCUUUUCAUUGACACUGUGUUUCCUCUGUUCACUUACUUUCAUCGGCCAGCCCUCUGACUGGUCCUGUAUGUUGCGCCACACCGCAUUUGGGAUCACAUUUGUCCUGUGCAUCUCUUGUGUUCUGGGCAAAACAAUAGUGGUGUUAAUGGCCUUUAGGGCUACACUGCCAGGCAAUAACAUUAUGAAAUGGUUUGGUCCCACACAGCAGCGGUUAAGUGUUCUGGGUUUCACACUUGUGCAGGUCUUAAUUUGUGUUCUUUGGUUAACAAUAUCACCUCCUUUUCCAAAUAGGAACAUGAAAUACUACAGAGAAAAAAUAAUUCUGGAGUGUGACCUGGGAUCUGCAGGUGCAUUCUGGGCUGUGUUAGGGUAUAUAGGAUUCCUCUCUGCCAUGUGCUUUGUGCUCGCUUUCCUGGCUCGAAAUCUGCCUGAUAACUUCAAUGAAGCCAAAUUCAUUACAUUCAGCAUGCUCAUAUUCUGUGCUGUCUGGAUCACCUUUAUCCCAGCUUAUAUCAGCUCCCCUGGGAAGUUCACAGUAGCUGUGGAAAUAUUUGCUAUUUUAGCUUCUAGUUAUGGUUUGCUGUUCUGUAUUUUUAUACCAAAAUGUUAUGUUAUAUUACUCUAUCCUGAGAAAAAUACAAAAAGGCAUUUAAUGGGUAAAAUAUCCAAGUGA